CAGAGAGCAGAACGCUGCAGGACGCGUAUUUUGAACUAUACAAACGGACUGGGGCAGAGAAACUACGGUCUGUGACGUGGGUAUUCCGCAGGUUUUCUACGUUUUUAGUCGGUUUUACCUGUAAUUCUAACCGUGCCUGGAAUUUAACCAUGAGGAAAAGCGAGGUACUCGCAGCUGAGUCUGUGGCGUGCCUGAAUAAAGCGCUGUGCCACUUGAAGGACAUUUGGGAGGAGAUCGGCAUCCCGGAGGACCAGAGACUACAGAGAACUAAUGUAGUCAAGAAUCACAUUAAGAACUUAUUAGAUAUGAUGAUUCAGGAAGAGGAAUCUCUGAGAAAGAGGCUCAUCGUUAGCAUUCAGACAUGCAAGACAGAAAUGGAGAAACUCUGCUUGGAACUUCAGCUCUCUGUGUUUGAGGAUGAGGCUGGCGUCAGCAUGCUCCAGCAAGAGAAGAACAUCCGCACACAGGUGGAGGCUCUGAUGAAGGAGAAGGCUCAGCGGAUGCAGCAGCUGAAGGCUCUGCUGGAGCAGGACCAGGACCUGUGUGACAUCCUGUGCUCCAUGCCCUACGGCAUUGCUCCAGACUCCGUUCCUUCACUGGAAACACUGGACAACUUCCGCCAGCACAUCGCCAACCAGAACGAAGAGAAGGCAAUGCGGUAUGCUGAGUUUAUGGACCUCAAAAAGCAGAUCAUUUUAUACAUGGAAGAGCUGGACCAUGUCCCUGAAACCAGCUUCGAGAAGGACGUCGUCUGUGAGGAUGAGGACUCUUUUUGCCUCUCCAGAGACAAUAUCACAUCACUCAAACUGCUUCUUUGCCAGCUUGAGGAACGCAAGGCAGAGAACGAGGUAAUGUGUGAGAAUCACAGAGAGAAGAUUCAGCAGCUGUGGAACAGACUGCAGGUUCCACAGGAGGAGAGAGAGGCCUUCAAUGAACACAUGGUCACAUCUAAGAAGAGGAAUCUGGAAGCGUUACAAGCAGAAGUCAAACGUCUGGAGGAGCUCAAACUGCAAAACUUACGCAACGUCACGGAUGCCAUCCGCUCUGAGAUCGCCGUCUUCUGGGAAAAGUGCUUUCUCAGCACAAACCAGCGGGAGGCUUUCACACCAUAUUUUAGUGAGGACUUUACCGAAGAGCUGUUGAGUCUGCAUGAUGCUGAGAUCCAGCGCUUGAAGCAGCAUUAUGAGGAUCACAAAGAGCUUUUUGAAGGGGUUCACAGAUGGGAGGAAAGCUGGAGACUCUUCCUGGAGCUCGAGAAAAAAGCAACAGAUCCAACAAGAUUCACUAACAGAGGUGGGAAUCUUCUCAAAGAGGAGAAACAGAGGUCUGAGCUGCUUAAAAGCCUCCCAAAGACUGAGAAGAAAUUAAAAGCCCAGAUCGACAUGUGGGAAAGUGAGCAAGGUCGUGAAUUUCAAGUAAAUGGACAGAAGUUCCUGCAGUAUGUGGAGGAACAGUGGGAGCUGCACAGAAUAGAGAAAGAAAAAGAGAAGCUGGAAAGGCACAUUAAGAAAAGCAAACAAACUGAGGAGGACAUGUUGUACGGAACAGCAGUACGAACUCCAACCAAACGCAGAUUCCUGGGCACGACGACCCCAAAUAAAUCUCGAAAGAUGUGUAACGCAACCUCCAGCAUGUCUAGCGGUACCUCUAACAGCACAAUGCGUUCUGUCUAUGGUGGGACUGUCUGUCGCUCGCCUGUGCCCCGCCCUCCCCUCUCUGCAAAUAAGACUCCAGCAGCACGGACACCAGGUGGCUGUAAACCUCCCCACCCAAGAGUGCAGGGCUGCAACAAAGAGAAUGAGGCCCAGCUGAAAGGAAGGACCCCUCUGAGUGGUGCGUUGCUGACUCCUGCUUGUCCACAGCCUAACUUCAGCAUAGCCUCUGUUGCCAGCACAUAUUCAGAGUUUGUGAGGGACUUGGUCAACACUGAAUCUGUUCAAUCAAGCGAGACCUGUCCAAGGCCUCCAACACCAAGAUCCAGCACGACAUCCUGAACUCCACCACCACAACCAACCUUUGACCUCUCCACUCAGAUUGUCUGCAGCAGCUCAUAAUCAAUAAAGUUAAGGUCUGCUUCAAAGCGUCAGCACCUUUCACUGCUAUCUGCUUGUCCAUGUAAAUGAAGGCAUUAAUAUAUUAAGUGUUAAAUCAGUGAGAAAUGAGGCACAAGGAAGCUGCUGAGUUUUCUUUGCCUUUUCUAUCACUGAAAAAAAAACGUCCUAAGUUAAACUAACACUACUUUGGCUCGAUAAUUUUUGCCAGUUGCGGCACUGUAAUAAGUAUUGCCCAUAUCUUAUACUGUACAUCUUUAUUUUUUUUUAAAGAAAAGUUGAAUAAAAAGUUUAGCUUUAUGAAGUUAUGCAAUCUGGGGUUACAGGCCAUAUGUAUGAUGAAUGUAUUGCACUUUGUUUAGAAAAUAUAUUGCAGCACGUAGUGUAUUUUCACACGAGCUCACACUGCUCCCAGUCUGUUUUUUAUAAAUGUGUUUCUGUAUAUAUUUCUGUAUCCUGGUUUUUUUUUUUUUUUUUUAAGCUACUUUGCAAAGAUGUCAGGCUGUUAGGACUUUAAAGCCCUUUUUAGACUUGACAGACUGACAGCAGCCUGUCAUGCAGGUUACUUGGACUUCAUUGAGACAUACCCCCUAUAGUAACAGAGAGAGGUGUGCAUGCACAGUUUUUGCCACAGGUCCAUGAGAUCUGCACGUUUGUGGGGUAUUUUCAGUGUCUUCUCUAGUGAAAUGUAACCAUACUGUUGAAUGCUUGGUUUUCUUCACUAACAGAAAACACAAAAAUGACCACAGGUGCAAUUCUGUGUGUGCUUAUGGGCUAAUGUAGCCUCACACCUUCAGAUUUGCGCCAUGUUAAAACAUGCAAAUGGCGCUCGGGUUCAUCUUGGAAAGGUUGCAAUCACGACUCUUCCAGAAAAAUGCUGUCAUCAGAUUGUCGGGAAAAGGAACGCAUGUCUGAAAAGGGCUUUAGUUGAAAUAUCAUCUCUGUGUGGCAUUAUGGUUUCACAUAAUGCCACACAGGAACUCACUAUCAUGGCUGAUUUUGGAAACUCUUGCAAAAGAAACUAAAUGAAUUUUCACUCAAAG